UUGUGCGUAGAAAGCGUAAUAACGCCUCCUGAUAUCGAAGUGCGCUAUCGAUAUCAAUCACAAAAAGAAAAACAAUAAAAAACGCUGCGGAUUAUUUGUUUGACCGCAGGAAAAGACAGGGAAUCCUCAGCUGGACGUAGUCGCCACAACGCCGAAUCGAUACCCGAACAGCCAGCGCCGCCAUGGACAUCAUGGACAUCCAGGCCGUAGAGUCGAAGCUGAGUGACGUCACGGUGACACCGAUACCACGCAGCCAGGUGCAGAAUUUCUACAAUUACCAGCAGCAGCGGGAGCAGCGCGAGCAGCAGCCCCAAAUCCAGAUAUCGGCCAUCCACCACUCGCGGGGAUCGGGAGGAGGGGGCGGAGGAUCCUCCUCCUCGGCCACCGACUACUCGACGGGCGGCGGCGGGGGAAAGCGGGACAGGGAGCGCUCCUCCGGCGCCAGCGACUACAGCAGCUCGUCCGGCAAACAGAGCUCUGCUGCAGCGGCCAAUGCAGCUGCCGCUGCCGCCGCCGUCGCUGCCCUCCAGUACUCCCCGCAGUUCCUCCAGGCGCAGCUGGCCCUCCUGCAGCAGCAGUCGAACACCACGGCCACGCCGGCCGCCGCCGCCGCUGCGGCUCUCUCCCUGGCCAACAUGUGCUCCAGCAAUGGCAACCAGAGGAACUCCAGCUCCUCCUCCUCCGCCAGCAACGGGCAGAGCAUGGGCCUCAACCUGAGCUCCUCGCAGCUGAAAUACCCGCCGCCCUCCACCUCGCCCGUGGUGGUGACCACGCAGACGUCGGCCAACAUCACCACGCCGCUGACCUCCACGGCCAGCCUGCCGUCGGUGGGACCCGGUAACGGGCUGACCAAGUACGCCCAGCUGCUGGCCGUCAUCGAGGAGAUGGGUCGCGACAUCCGGCCCACCUACACCGGUUCGCGCAGCUCCACGGAGCGGCUCAAGCGCGGCAUCGUCCAUGCCCGCAUCCUGGUGCGCGAGUGCCUCAUGGAGACGGAGCGGGCGGCGCGCCAAUGAGAGGAGGAGUCCCUGGCGCCGCAGCUGGCGACGCCGGAUUGAAAACGGACCUGCAGAUCAGCCUCAUCUAACGACUAGGUUAAUUCCCCCCACUGACCAGGCAAUCCUUGCACAAUUGUGAGCCCGUUCCGCUUGGAAAUCUUAGGAUAAAAUUCCCUAUUAACUUUCCUUUUCUAAAAUUUAUUAGUAAUUUAUAUUAGGUCGCAAAAAUUAUACACUAUUGAUUUCAAGUUGGCUUGUUUUUUUACAGCUUAAUUUUGAUUUCAUUAAAUUUGAUUAUUAUGAUGA